UUUAUGUCAUUCUGUGAUCACGUGUUGCAAACAUUUGAAAUAUACAUAAAUUUAAAUAUAGAAUGUAAUUUAAUUAUUAGAUGGUUUUAGAUGAUUAUAUGAUUCAACGUGAGAUAGCGUUACGAUAUCAUUUUAUAAUGGAUUGACCGUAUGUUGAUUAAAUGAUCAGAUAGUAUUAACCUCAAAAAAAGGGUUAAAUGUUUUUAUACAACAGGAAGCUGCAUUUAUGUAAAAGAAUUAUUUCUUUUGUAAAAUGUCACACCGCCUGAAUAACAAACAAAAAUUAAAAUCACUUUUACAAGUGACUGCCACUGCAACUAUGUUUUAUGGUGGCUUUUGCAUUUACCAGGGCGAUGAGAAGUUUUAUAACAGAUUUAUCAUGCCACUUGCAAGGUUUGUAAAUCCUGAAGUUGCACACAAUACAGCAGUGAAGAUCUUGAAAUGGGGUCUUUUAUCUGCAAAAGAUACAAAUGAUCCUGCUUCCUUAACUGUUGAUGUUUGGGGCAUGAAAUUUAAGAAUCCGUUAGGAAUGGCAGCUGGUUUUGACAAACAAGGAGAAGCAAUAGAGGGUUUGCACAAAAUAGGAUUUAGCUUUGUAGAAAUAGGAUCAGUUACACCGAAACCACAGGCUGGCAACUUAAGACCAAGAGUAUUCAGGUUGUCAGAAGACAAUGCAGUUGUCAACCGAUAUGGUUUCAAUAGCGAAGGUCAUGAAGUGGUUUGGGAACGCUUGCAAAGACUGAAGAAGAAUCAGAAUUUUGAUGGUAUUGUUGGAGUUAAUUUAGGUAAAAAUAAAACAUCGGACGACGCUGCACAAGAUUAUAUAGAUGGAAUAAAGAAAUUCGCAGAUGUGGCAGAUUACUUUGUAAUUAACAUAUCUAGUCCUAAUACUCCUGGAUUAAGAACGUUGCAGAAUAAAAAAGAGUUGGAAGACUUGUUAAUAAAAAUAAACAAUGUCAGACAAUCCAUACAAUGCAAACAACCAUUGCUGUUGAAGCUGGCUCCAGAUUUAUCUGAUUCUGAGAAGCAGGAUAUCGCGGAUGUAAUACUUCAACAAUCAUCGAGUGUGGAUGGCUUGAUAUUGUGUAAUACAACAGUUACACGAAAUAAUUUAGCGAGUGCCCUUAAAGAAGAAACUGGAGGGCUUAGUGGAGCUCCUUUGGCUGACAUGUCUACAGCAAUGAUUUCGGAUAUGUACAAACGAACGAAAGGUACCAUUCCUAUUAUUGGAGUUGGUGGAAUAUUUACUGGAGAGGAUGCUUAUAACAAGAUCAAAGCUGGCGCUUCUUUGGUACAAGUCUAUACGUCGUUUACGUAUCAAGGGCCACCAGUUAUUGGAAAAAUUAAACGAGAAUUGGAUGAUAUACUCAAAAAAGAUGGUCUACAGUCUAUUAAAGAUGCAAUUGGAAAAGAUGCGAAUGGUAGAUGAAUAGUUUAACUUUGUAACUUGUUAGUUUUGUAAUGUUAGAUUAGUAUAUUAAAAAUAUGUAUAUUUUAUGCAAACAAUAUUUUUUUAAUGUUUAAUUGUUACAGUUCCUACUUUGAAAAUCAUGUAUAUUCUGAUACAUGAUAUUGACAAUAAAACAACAUCUAUGAUA